AUGAAGAAAAACAUUUCCACUAAACAGGUAUCAAAGAUUUUUGGAUUUGGUGAAUGUAUUGUUGAUGCGAAUGGUGAAGAGCAUUAUGUGUAUAAAGAUGAUGUUACCGUUGGAAUGAUGGAUUGGCCAUUUUAUCAAAGUGCAGCAGCAUUUUCACAAGCAUUUCCUUAUAUAUUUAAUGGAAAACCUGCUCACUGUUUAGUUAGUUAUGCAUUCGAUCAAGAUAAUUAUUUUCGUAUGGCUAGAGAUUUAGCAACAAAACUGAAAUUGUUAAAACCAUGUUCGAUUAUGUCAAUAUUUUUAGAUCCAAUAAAAGGUGCUGGUAAAAUGAGUAGUACAUCCGGUCAAGAAGCAACACUAUUCUUAUCGGAUACACCUGAUGUUAUAAGAAGCAAAAUAAAUAAGCAUGCAUAUUCUGGUAGUCGCGGAAAUGGACUGCUGUUGCGCUCUAUGGUACAAAUGUGA